CACAGGGCGGGGAGAACAGUCACCGAAUCGACACUACAAUACUUACGCGUAUUUUCGUUGAAAGCGACGUCUUCUUGACUCGACGCGGGUGUUAUUGCGAAAUAAUCUAGUGUUUCUGUGUUCGUUUAUGCGGUUUGUGUUAUUAUUUGUGCUUAAUAGUGUAUUUGUGGUGAAAAACGUGAAAGGACUUUAGGGUAACAAUGUCUAGCAGUUGACAUGUUUAUCUGUGCCGUCCGUGUGUGAAGAUUUUCCCUUCGCGUGAGGAGGGACUUCGCGGUAGUGUGCGUGAUUUGGAUGUGUGUGUGCAGCGGCAGUGGAGUUGCAAGGAUCCAAUGAUGGAUUUCAUUUUCAUGGAUGUAUAGGAUGUGAUCUUCAUCAUCGGGCCGUCAAUGACGACAAAAUUUAUCUGACCCCAUCGGACAAUGCGGUCACAGGCAUCAAAAACGUUGAAGAAGGGGGUUGUAAGCAAAACAGCUUUCAAGGCGCGCUCCAAUACUAAACAAGUCAAGAAAAAACUUGUGAUAUCUAAGAAAGGAAAGAAUUUGGCAAAUAAAACCAUAUCGAGAAACGCUAAAAAGACAUUAGAAGAAUCUAUCCAUCAAAAAGAUGAGGAUGAAUCUUCUAAUUCAGAAAAAAGCGAUAGCCCCGAUUCUUCAAAAGCAGGAACAUCAAAGACUGGUUCAUCGCGUAGUGAGUCGCCUACCAAAAAGACCAGAAAGGAUCCCAAGGAGAAAAAGGAUUCGCCAAAAGGGGCAGCAAAUAUAAAGAAAAUUUUAGCGAAAAAAUGUCCCAAAAAACCCAAAGGACCUAAAGCUAAAUCGGCAAAGGCAACGGAGGGAGACGACAAUGAUAAUAUCAAGUACAAAAUUAAUUCUUCUUUACCCAAGAAGCUAACAUCUAAAGUUUCUAAAGCUAAAGUCCUUUUAAGGAAAUCUAGUGCAAUACAAAAAAAGAAAACUUCACCUGCAACUAAACUUGAGGGAUCUGAUAAAAAUGAUAAAAAGGACGAAAUUCCCACUCAAGAUAAUAACACUAAAGAAUGUGGCGAUAACAAUCAGGAGACGAUUCCUGACUCAAAAAAUGAAAGUGAAAAGCUCAAUGAAAAACCAGACGAAAAAGAAUAUUCCAAUAAUAGUGGUUUAACAGUUACUUCUCCCAACUCUUCUGUAUUGAACUCGACUGAAACAUCACCUAAAGUUGAAAUUGAAAGACCCCCUAAAUUUUUCACAUCAAGUCGACCACCACGAACGGUUGACAUAGACGUAAAAUAUUGCAAAAACUCUAAAGGCAACCUUAGUGUUUCUGAAAGAUUUCUGUCAAUGAAGUGUGAAACAAAGACAGAUGAAAACACUAAGGAAAAGAGCGUUUUAAAUACUUUGGUAUCGCCGGGUCCAGAAAUUGAUGUCUAUACUUUUACCGAAAAAGUAGAUUCUCCGAAAAGUAUCUUGUCAGGGUUCCGUACUCCUGUAAAUAAAAAUGUAGGCCGAGUGCGUCCAAUCGCUAGAGUUAAAGGCACUAUUAUUGACAAAAAAGAAGUGGAGAAAAAGAAAUACUCGCCUCAUCGCCCUAUUGAAGAAGUUGUCAAACAGUUGAAAGCCAAGAAAGGUAAUGAAGAACUAAAUUCAGUUCAAAAUGACGCUACAUCAAGUCUAUCGGUAACUGUAGUUGAGAGUACUGACAAAGAAAUUGAAGAAAAACCAAUAAUCAGUAAGUCUUAUAAAAUGGUGGCACGUAAAUCGAGUAUUACAGGAAAACCAUUCAGUCCAAUCAAAUUUCUUGACCAUGAGCCUGUAAUAAAUAAGGGUGACAAAGAAAAACCUCCUAAAAUAUCCCCACCAACUAAGAAGGCCACUUCUAAAUUGAAAAAAUCUAACAAGAAAAGUAGCCUAUCCGAUGAAGAUAUAGAUACAUCUAAAUUUUCUCUUAACACUAAAUCAUUCCAUUAUACAUCAUCAGAUGAAAGCAAUAGCGAAUCAAAUGAUGAUCAUGACUCGAAAGAGUCUUCGGGCUCGGACUCACCUAAAAACAAGAAAAAUAAAGCUAAGAAAUAUAAACGCAUCACUGACGGAGCCAAAAAACAUACUUCCAAGGAAUUAAAAGAACUUUCGAAAGAUUCGCUUAUUGAUCUAAAAGAUGAUUCUAUUUUACUUGGAGGAGAAAAACCAAGUAAAAGGAGACUAAAACUACUAUCUAUGUGGUCGGGGCCUAAAAAGCACAGAAUGGCUUCACUUAACGCCAUUGCCAAAGUGCACUGUCUCUACGAAAAUGAAAGCAGAACUCAUAUGGAGUUGGGUCUUAUGAGAACAAUUGAUAGGCCUGUGUUACCUAGUACGUCAAAAGCCACAACAGUCAAGAGGAAAGAUUCGAAACCAAAAGAGAUGAACCAGACAGAGACUACAUCUGAAUCCGACUACGAUAAUAAGAAAGACAGUAAUAAAAAGGAAGAUAGUUCAGAAAGCUCAGAUGAUAACCCUCCAGUCCAACGAUCUUUGCGAGGAGUGCCCGGAAUAAGAAGCGCUGGAAAAUAUUGGGAUCCCAAAUCGUCAACCUCAUCCAGCGAAGAUAGUGAACUAGAAUCUAAAAAGAAAACUGUCAAUGUUGACAAAAAGAAAACUACUCCUAAAGCUUCGUCAAGUAAAUCUGAUACAGAAAAACCUCCGGCCAAAAUGAAGAAAACUGCUGGGGUACCUGUAAAGAAGAAACGAAAUCGAAACGAAGUCGUGAUGGACCUAAAAGAUAUGGUUGUCCAAAAAAGAAUGGCGAGUCUAAAUGCCACCGCUAUACUGGCAGCCAGUUACGAAAAACGAUCACCUAAAUCUAGCAAGGACGAUACGACGUCCGAUUCGUGUAGCGAUGAGUCUUUUUCUCAGAAGCCAAAAAACGGGGUAAGUUCCGGCGUUAAGUCGGAAGCAAAAAACGAAGAACCUAAAAAGGAAAAAGACGAUACAACAACCAAGGAUAGGAAGCAAAAAGUCGAAGUGAUUGUAAACCAAGAUACUGACGUCACAAUCACCGGAGUUUAUUCGACACACCACCACGAAGGCUUUUGUACCGUUUCUGGGAUGCAAUAUCGUAUAUCCUCAACCAGUCACACCCAGACAACGGCAACUGCAAAUUGCGACAAGGAGGGCUGUUCCCGCGAAGAUGGGGCCCGCUACACGCCCCUCUCAGCCCUGUCGUCCAUGCAACCCCCGGCCGAGCACGUACACACUCAUCCGCAUCCAGUGACCGAGCUUGGAGGGCUGGCGCGCCGAGCUGCGGGCUGCAGCGCCUUCUCUGCGCCCUCACCGGCUGCUCAUCACGAACCAGGAUACUACCAGCCGGCUGGACCGCUGAUCAAAGAAACUGGUGGUGACACAGAACGCGCGCUGCCGCGGUACCACCCCCGCCACAUUACCACGCCCCGCACCCACCGGUACUUCAGCAGUAUGGGCCGUACUACCCAUCAGCUGAUCUCUGCUACCAAUACUACCGGCCACCGGGGCGAUAUCAUCUGCCGCCACCACAACCAGACGCACCGAUGGUGGGAGUCGGAAGCGACUCGUAUCCCCCGCCACAGUACUACGGCCAGCCGCCGUGCUACCAGCACUCGCCGCAAAGGAUACCAUAUGUCGAAUACCGCGGAUGCCCGUGCCCAAUCAACGCGUGUCCAAAAAACGUCCUUAUUGGGCCCGCUACUGGUAAAGCCCCAACCGGUGGCGGCCCGGCAGACGUCCCACCUGCCCUCGCGCCGCCCGGGGGCGCCUUCCGAGCGAAGGUGCGGGCGUGCGCGCUGGACGCCGUGUCCGACACCCACGGCAGCGGAAAGGAUCCGCCUCUAGAACCGGAGCCGCCGGCGGCGGCCGACGCUCCACACCCGUGUCCCGUGCCGGCCAUAGGCGGCGCCUCGCCCAAGCGGGAGUUCGACGUGCGCGACGCGCUCCGCCUCCCUCGGGAGCUGCCCGGGCCCGA